AUGGCACAAGGGACUAUCAAAGCAGGAAAAAAAUCCACUGCGCCAACAGUAAAGGGCAGUGGAGGCAGAAAAACGGUGCUGGGUCCUAAGAAGGGUGCGAGGACUAUUGCGCCUAGGAAGGCGGGGUUGGUUAGGAAUGCUAAGAUGACGAAGAAACAUUCAGCAGGUUUAACGGCGAUGACGGAACGGACGUUGGGUGCGAAAGCGGGACAUUUGGAGCUUAUUAAGGGAGGGAAGAAGAAUCAGGAUGCGCCUGUGAAGGGGAAAGAUGGGAAGACUGUGGAGGAUGUGAAGAAGGGCGGGAGUAAGAAGUUUGGUUGA